CGAAGUAAUGAACUUGUUUAAAUUGGAUUAAGUUAUUACUAGGCUGGAAACCACUGACAUACACCAUUAUCAUAACCUACAGAAAUAAGCUCAAAGAUGGCUUCACCUGUUCAUUUCACUACCUUUGUUCUAUUUCAUGUUUUGAUUGCGGUCGUGGUUGCCAUUGGUCCAACUUUGGGUACUGGUUCAACCACAUUGGCGACAACAUCCUCCCUAGAGAUGGAAGCAGAAGCUCUCCUCCUAACUGGCUGGUGGCAUUGGGACGUCAAUCACACCCAGGAACAUUGCGAAUGGCAAGGUAUAUCAUGCAAUGAAGCUGGAAGCGUCACCCGCAUUGAUCGUCCAUGGUUAAAGCUUACUGGAAGCAUCCCGCCUCAAAUAGGUGCUUUCUCAUCCCUUAAGUACCUCAAUCUUUCUCUCAAUAAUCUAACAGGUGAGUUACCUCAAUCUCUUGGAAAACUUACACAUUUAAAAGGGCUCAGCCUUUCCAAUAACUCUUUUGAAGGUUCUAUCCCUUUAGGCUGGGGAAACUUGAAGAGUUUGAAACUGUUGGACCUAUCACAUAAUCAAAUUACUGGUCCUAUUCCUUCUACCCUGUGCAACUUAACAAACUUGAAACAGUUGGACCUAUCUGGAAACCAAAUUAUUGGCCCUAUCCCUUCUACCUUGGGCAACUUAACCAACUUAGAAUUGUUGAACCUAUCUGGAAACGAAAUUACUGGUCCUAUCCCUUCUGCCUUGGGUAAAUUAACCAAUUUAAAAGAGUUGGACUUAUCCUUUAAUCAAAUCACAAGGGCAAUUCCUCCAACUUUGGGUGGCUUAAACAAUUUGGAAUUUUUACACUUCACUUCAAACAAAAUUAGUAGUUUCAUUCCAUUGGAAUUAGGAAACAUGACGAGUUUGGUUGAAUUGCUUCUCAAUGAAAACAAGCUGAAAGGCUCAAUCCCUCAUGAAAUUGGAAACUUAAAGAAUUUGGUUGCAUUGAAUUUAAGUAACAACAAUCUCAAGCAUCGGAUUCCUCAAUCCCUAACUACUUUAUCCAAAUUGAGCUACUUGUACUUGGAUUCAAAUUUUCUACAAGGUCCAAUUCCUAGUGAAAUUGGAAACUUGAAGAAUUUGUUUGAAUUGAAUCUAAGUAAAAACAAGCUCAAUGGUUUGAUCCCUUCAUCACUAGCUAAUUUAUCUAGAUUGAGCUAUUUGUUCCUUGAUUCAAAUCUUUUAAAAGGUCCCUUACCAUCUCAAAUUGGGGGUUGCUUGCAAAUAUUGUCUUUGAGUAAUAAUCAUAUAAAUGGAAGCAUUCCCUCUGAAAUUUUCAGUUACGGUCGUCAUACUCUUAAUCUCAGUCAUAACUUCAUCGAGGGAGAAAUACCGCAUCAAUUUGAUAGCGAUGAUAACAUCAACAUUUUGGAUCUUAGCCACAACAACCUAACAGGCAUGAUUCCUGAUUUUUCGUGGCGGUUGGAAGAGCUCAAUCUGUCCUAUAAUUCUCUAGAGGGACCUAUUCCAGAAUACUUGAGUUCUCAGUUUUCAUCUGAUUCAUUUUGGGGAAACAAGUAUUUAUGUGGAAACCUACCAGAUUUCUCUCCUUGCCCUUCUACACCUAUCAACAAGUUAAAAAUUGUUGAAAUCAUUCUUCCAUUUCUCUGUUUUUUGGCCUUCUUGGCUUUAGGAGUUUUACUCUUCCUUAGAUCCACAGCCAAAGAUAACAUUCCUGAACCAAAUGUCACAAAAAAUGGAGAUUUGUUCUCAAUCUUGAACUUUGAUGGAAGAAUUGCAUUUGAAGAUAUCAUUGAGGCGACCAACGACUUUGACAUCCGAUACUGUAUUGGGAUUGGUGGUUAUGGUAGUGUUUAUAGAGCACAAUUACCAAGUGGAAAGAUUGUUGCCUUAAAGAAACUACAUCGUAGAGAAUCAGAGGUCCUAGCUUUUGAUAAGAGUUUCAAGAAUGAGGCAAAAAUGCUAUCAGAAAUACGACACAAGAACAUAGUGAAGCUUCAUGGAUUUUGUCUCCAUAGACGAUGCAUGUUUUUAAUUUAUGAAUACAUGGCUCGAGGGAGCUUAUUUUGUGUCUUAGCAGACGAUGUAGAAGCAAUGGAGCUGGAUUGGAUCAAAAGAGUCAAGAUAAUCAAAGAAACAGCAUGUGCUUUAUCUUAUCUGCAUCAUGAUUGCCACUCACCAAUAGUUCAUCGAGACAUAUCAAGCAAUAACAUUUUAUUGAACUCCAAUCUUGAGGCUUGUGUCUCGGAUUUUGGCACAGCUAGACUCAUUGAUCCUGAUUCGUCUAAUCAAACAAUGCUUGUUGGAACCUACGGAUAUAUUGCACCAGAACUUGCUUAUACUAUGGUUGUAACUGAAAAAUGCGAUGUUUAUAGCUUUGGAGUAUUGACACUUGAAACACUCAUGGGAAAGCAUCCUGGUGAACUCUUGGUGUCACUAUCGACAUCAUCUUCCAAGAAUAUGAUGUUAAGUGAUAUUUUAGAUCCACGCUUAUCGCUUCCAAGUGAUCGAAGAGUGGCAAAGGAUAUUGUUUUCGCUGCAGCAAUUGCCUUUGCUUGCUUAAGGUUGAACCCAAAGCUCCGACCAACAAUGAAGUGUGUGUCUCAAGAGUUUCUUUCCCGGAAAAGACUGGUAGCAGAUCGUCUUCAAGCUGUCUCUCUGUUGCAACUCAAGGACCAUGAUUUGUAUAUGGAUGAUGAAGGCAGAAUUCAAUCUCAGAAUUUGGGGGAAAUUGUUGAAAUUCAUGCUAGUUCUUCAACUUGAUUUUCAUCUAACAAUGCAAGGCAUCUUUGCGUUAUUUUAUCUUUUAUUCCAGUCUUUCCAUUCAAUAUCAAUACUUCUAGUAGUGAAUAGUGAUUUAGAAAUCAUGUCUUAUUAAUCAGUACUUUUACAGAAGUUCAUGGAGAUUAGCAACCAUGUUCUGCCAAUCAUUUUAACCUUGCCUAAUGAUUUUACCAUAAACAGAUGAAAGUAUAAACAAAAUCAUUGGAUAUUUGCAUAUAUUUGACAGAUUGUUGCGAA